GGGCCGAGGAAGGCCGGGGUGCGGGAGACGGCGGCCCGCGAAGGAGUCUGGACCCGUGUUCCCUGACCCUGCGCUGAGACCGCGAAGGUCAGGUGCCCAAUCAAUCUUAGUCCGCGCGGCGGCAGUGCGUGUGGCCGGAGCGAGGAAGAGUGGUGAUCAUGUGUGCCAGUGGGGAUACCAUCCGGAGCAUCAUGCUGGCAGUACACAGACAUGGCAUGACCAGUGGAGACUAUGCCUUCUUCAACAUUGAACUCUUCAACAGCUCUUCCUAUGGAGAUGGCUCGUGGAAGAGAGGAGACAAACAUGACUUUGAAGCUAAGCAAGCAUACUCAUCCCUCCAAACAGUCACUCUACUGAGGACCGUGAAACCUGAGUUUGAGAAGUUUUCCAUGGAGGUGAAAAGUUCUGUUGAGAAACAAGGGCUCAAUGAGGAGGAUUACGUGAACAUGUUUGUCGAAGGAUUCCAUGAUGCCAUCGUCCUGUACGUCCUGGCUUUACAUGAAGUACUCAGAGCUGGUUACAGCAAGAAGGAUGGAGGGAAGAUCAUCCAGCAGACUUGGAACAGGACAUUUGAAGGUAUUGCUGGGCAGGUGUCCAUAGAUGCCAAUGGAGACCGAUAUGGGGACUUCUCUGUGAUCGCUAUGACUGACACAGAAGCAGGCACCCAGGAGGUUAUUGGUGAUUACUUUGGAAAAGAAGGUCAUUUUGAAAUGCGGCCAAAUGUCAAAUAUCCUUGGGGUCCUUUGAAACUGCGAAUAGAUGAAUCCAGAAUUUUGGAACACAGCAAUAGUUCUCCCUGCAAAUCACCAGGUGGCCUAGAAGAAUCAGCAGUGACAGGAAUUGUUGUGGGGGCCUUAUUAGGAGCUGGUUUGUUAAUGGCCUUCUACUUUUUCAGGAAGAAAUACAGAAUAACUAUUGAGAGGAGAAACCAGCAAGAAGAAAGUAAUAUUGGAAAACAUCGGGAGCUACGGGAAGAUUCCAUCAGAUCUCAUCUUUCAGUGGCUUAAAAGAAGGGCUUUUUUUUUUUUUUUUUUUUUUUUUUUU